AUGCGCUUUUACGCGUCCACACAACUUAGAGCUGGCCUUAUACUCCGAGCCACCCAGCGCACAGUUAUUCUACGCAACCCCCAGGAGGGCUCUCGAACGAUGUGUGGCAUAGGACUAUCACCAGUGCUUCGAAAGGAGACCGAGGAUGGCUCAGCAGAAGCUGUAAUUUCAGAAGAGGAGCUAUAUCAAUACACCCGUUACAGAUGGCUAUCAGAUGAGUCCGAGAAACUUGCUGCGCGUUAUCGCAGAUUCAACCUUGAAGCUCUCUUAGAUGUGGCUGUUAAAACUGCUGGUCCUGGAGCUAAAUCAUGUAUAAAAGUUCUGAAGUGUCUUGAAGGCCAGUAUAACAAAGCAUUUCUCAUGACAAUGGACAAUGGCGUGGAGGUUCUAGCGAAGAUACCCAAUCCUAAUGCUGGGUCAGCAUUCUAUACAACUGCAUCUGAGGUCGCUACACGAAGCUUCCUACAAGAAGUUUUGAAUUUUCCUGUACCACGCAUACAUACUUAUUCUUUGAACCCACUAAAUCCAGUCGGCGUCGAAUAUAUUAUUGAGGAGAAAGCUGCCGGCAAGCCAUUAGGGAACUUAUGGCGCCAUUGGCCAAGAGAAUCACAACUAGGCCUUGUAGAUCAGCUCGUGGACUUAGAAGCAAAGCUUGCAUCAGUGUUAUUCCGGAAACAUGGCUGCAUCUAUUAUAAGGCCGACUUGGAAACCAAAGGCAUUCCUACUCAAAGCCUUGAAGCAUCUAUUUCCUCUGGCAGUUCUUCGAAGGAACUCGACGCCUCGAUUCUAGAGAAGUAUGCACUUGGACCUUUGACCCAGGCAGUCCUAUGGGAAGGCGGACGAGCUACAAUGGCUUUAGAUCGAGGUCCAUGGGCAAAUGCUGUCGACUAUCUGAUGGCCAUGGGAAAGAAUGAGAUACAAUGGACCGAAACCUUUGCGGAGCCCCAGAUGAAUUAUUGUCGGCCAGUGGAUACGCCUGAAUUGCCUGAUGAAUACAUUUCCCUUCUAAAACGAUACCUCACCCUCAUUCCAUAUCUACUGCCCACCAUCCCCGGGGAGUUACAUUCCAAGACCCUUUGCCACCGGGAUCUUCACCUUGAUAAUAUAUUCGUUGACCCGGAUACGAAAAAGAUCAACUACAUUAUUGACUGGCAAUCGACUGCAGUAACCGAAAUCUUCUUUCAGCAUAAAGUGCCACCUCUGCUUCCUCCCCCUAGUGGCUAUGAGGAAACACUGGAACCUCUAUCAGAGGGUUCCGAAUCAGUUAAUCGCUCGGGUAAUAGUGGUGAUAUCCUCAACCAUUAUCAGAACCUCACCCGAAUUAAAAACCCCCUGCGCUGGGCCGCAAUAAACUGUUCCCACAGCUCGACAUUGACGCAGCCUGAUUCUCUAGUUUCUGGCACAUGGAGCCGGAACGAUGUCUUCUCUUUCCGGCACGCAUUAAUAACCAUCGCCGCUCAUUGGAAAGAAAUCUCUCCGAACUCAAGUUCUUGUCCUAUAAGCUUUACGAAACACGAAUUAGAGCUUCAUAAUGAGGAGAUGGAGUUACUGGAAGAGCUUGGGACGGUGUUACACCUACUUCAAGACCAGAACUUGAUUUCUGUUGGUGGUAGGGUUCUACGUGAAGAUUAUGAGCGGGCUCAAGCGGUUAAUAAGCGUGUGAAGGAGAUGUUGAUGGACAUGGUGGAAGAUGAGAAGCAGAAAGCUUUGUAUGAGAAAAUAUGGCCGUAUUAGGUUUUGUUGGAUACCUCAUGUCAAGCAUAGUAUGGU